ACGGCCUCCUCCAUAUCACGGCUUCGCGAUACCACCACAAGCCCCUGCUCCCGCUCUUCCCGUUGGUUGGCUAAGCUUCGCCAUGUCGCCUCGUCUUUUCGGGCAGCUAGCUCAUAUUCCCUUUCGCUCCAUCCGGAGCCCUCGUUCCGCCGUCCAUGGUCAUGUCCCCGUUCGCACUUUCGGUAUCCGCUCAUUGAACCCCCCGAAGACCUCCCGCUUCGAUAUCGGUCCGGGUCUACCUGUUUUGAAGUCGACUCCCACGGCGGCCUUGGAGCGCAAGGCUAACACCCUUCCCCUGCGCACUGGUGCGAUUGCGAUCAAGAAAGGAAUGACCGGUCUGUACGACGCGACAUCCGGGAAACGUAUCGCUUGCACCGUCCUCCAACUAGAUCGAGUUGAGGUUGUUUCGCACAAGACGCUGGAGAAGCAUGGAUACUUUGCCGUCCAGAUGGGCGCUGGCUGGAGGAGGCCUGCCAACCUGACCAAAUCGCUAUUGGGUCACUUCUCUGCCAACGGGAUCUCGCCGAAGCGCCACAUAUACGAGUUCCGGGUGAAGGAUGAGAGAGGCCUCUUGCCUGUCGGUAAAUUGGUCAACGCCGACUGGUUCAAGGUGGGCCAGUAUGUUGAUGCGCGAUCAAACUCCAAGGGAAAGGGAUUUGCCGGUGUGAUGAAGAGACAUGGUUUUGGAGGUCAAGAUCGCAGUCACGGUGUCAGUUUGACGCACCGUUCGCUUGGUUCCGCAGGUCCCAGUCAGGGCGGUGGCUCCCGUGUUUACCCCGGCAAGAAGAUGGCUGGAAAUAUGGGAAAUGAGCAGAACACAGUGCAGAAUCUUAAGAUACUUCAAGUGGAUCAAAAGAAUGGAAUUGUCGUGGUUAAUGGUUCCAUCAGUGGCCCCAAAGGUUGCGUUGUCAGAAUACAGGAUGCUUUGAAGAAGCCUUGGCCGAAAGUCAAGCUGGUCUCUAAAUCAUCUUGAUAACCAAUUCGAAAGCAUUCUCCCUCCGCCCAACUUCCGAUUGCCAAUCUCCCUCACCGUUCUUUCAUCCGUGAGAAGUACCAUAACACCAUACUAUUUUUUCCUCCAUAGAGCGACAUUUUUUAUUUGACAUGUAAAUGAUAUCCAUAUCAGAUCAGAUCUCUUUCAUCCACUCAAAACUGCUGCUUCCAUAUCGUUCCUGCCGUGCUAUGAACCUCUAUGUCGAAAUCCGAAAGAGUGGCGAAGGAAAGAACAGAGAAGCCCUCCAAUGACCGAACGCCUGAGCACAAUGCACAUGGAUCUCAAAAUAUCUACAAAUAAAGUUUCCAGACACCGUGUACCACAUAGAAAAUACAAUGUACGCCACAACCUCAGCAUUAUUUCCCUAGUUGCUUUGCCGAAACGGGUCGAUAUCACUGUCAAGGAGUUGCACCACUGUUCCGUCUUCUGUUU